CAACCUCGAUUCGGAAAGGAUUCGUGAAAACAAGACGAAAAGCCUGGGAAAACCCGGUGUCAAACUAACUGCCCAGUGGCCGAAUUGCCACUCAAUCAGUCGAAGAACUCACCCGAAACCUCGACCACCAAGCCAGGUGCAUCCUCAUCCUCCACAGCCCCAUCUUUCCCGUGCUAAAUCCGAGUUCCAUCGACCUCAUGGAAUCCCCCGGGGGCUACCGGAAAAUGUUGCCCACGAGUGGCGGUGGUGGGGCCGUCGGACCAUCGGGUGUGAUCGGUGUGGGUCCACCCCCGCCAUAUCCGGGUUAUAGCCCUUCUCACGUCUCGGGCGGCGCUCUACCCCCCGCCUCCUCGCCCCAGUUCUCAAUGCUCAAAGGCACCCCGCCUCAUUCGGUCAUGCUGAGCGGUCCACCCAGUACCUCGGUCACGCCCUCGCCCGCCAUCUACUCCGAGGCCGAUGAGAAGCAACGGAUUCGCUUUCAGAUCGAGCUCGAGUUCGUUCAAUGCUUGGGCAAUCCCAAUUACCUGCACUUCUUGGCUCAACGCGGGUACUUUAAGCAACCCAAAUUCAUUCAGUAUUUGAAGUACCUGCAAUAUUGGAAGGAACCGCGUUACGUGCAGUUCAUCAAGUAUCCGUUGUGUCUCCAUUUCCUGGAACUAUUGCAGCACGAAGCCUUCCGAAAAGAGAUUGUUAACGGUCAAUGCGCCAAAUUCCUGGAUGAUCAGACCAUUUUGCAUUGGCAACAUUAUACUCGCAAGCGCGCCCGACUCAUUGAAAGUAAAAUGGAAGCCUCGAAUGCCGCUAAUUCGGCCACACCCAAUGCGGGGGGCCCUGCCUCAUCGGUCAAUGCUACUACCAAUAAUUCUCAUGCCAAUGCCACCGGCCACGAAAAUCUGGGAUCGAGUGGCAUUUUGAAAUAG